CCCGUUUACUAGGUUCUAUGGAGAAAACCAGAGAUUCUUUCGUAUUUCGCCUUAUUUUUUUGGGUCUUCCUGCCUUGUGAUUCUCGUCUUCGACGAUUCAUGAUCAUUGGUUUACCGCACAGAAGAAGAAUCUAAAAGAAGUUUUUAUUAGUUUCGGGGUUGACUGUCAGCUUUGUCUUCGCGUUCAUGAAUUUAGUGCUCUUUGCACGUUUUCGUUUCAGGUUUCUGUUCUCUUUCAUGCUGAUUCUUUUGCUGGGUCUUUGAAGAUUUUCUCAGCUGAUAUUACCGGGGGCAAAAGGAGAAAAAUUGUGUUUUGUAGCAUUAAUUUGUCCUCACUUUUGCUUGAAAUUUUUUAUUUUUUGGGAUGUUCUAUGUGCUGAAUCAGAGCUGAAACAGUUCUGAGUCUCUUGACAUAAGCCGAGGCCAAGAGGAGCCGGUACUAUUUGGGACAUCAGUUUGGAGUUUUCAGUUAUCCCAAGCAGAUGCCUACGAGGCAAAUGAAAGAGAGCACAGAGCAACACCACCAACACCUUGUCAUCAAGACCACCCACUUGCAGAGUCCCAUGAACAAUCAGCCCCAGAAGUCUCCCAAGACCACGCAGAACGGCAAGGGCCCGCCGACUCCGUCACCUCCUUCGAAGAGCAGAGGGAGGAGGAGGAGGGGGAGAGGUGAGCGGAAGUCCGACCAAGGCGACGUCUGCGCGAGGCCGAGCUCUCGGCCGUGCACCGGAGAGAUUGUCGUGCCGAGGGCUCCGAACGGGUGCGCCCAGAAUGGUGGUGGGACUGGGAACCGGGUGGAUUUCCCGACCUCUAGCCGGUCCUGGAGCUUGGCUCGCAGGCCCGGGUUUGGGCAAGUUGGGACCCGGUGCAUUGUGAAAGCCAACCAUUUUUUUGCAGAGUUACCAGAGAAAGACUUGAACCAGUAUGACGUCAGCAUUACACCAGAAGUGGCAUCUAGGACCGUGAACAGAGCCAUCAUGGCAGAGUUGCUGAGGCUGUAUAGAGAAUCUGACUUAGGAAUGAGAUUGCCUGCCUAUGAUGGGAGGAAGAGUCUUUACACUGCUGGUGAGCUUCCCUUUGCUUGGAAGGAGUUCAACAUUAAGCUCUUAGAUGAAGAGGAUGGAAUUAAUGGACCCAAGAGAGAAAGAGAAUAUAAGGUGGUUAUCAAGUUUGUUGCCCGCGCAAACAUGCACCACUUAAGCCAAUUCUUAGCUGGUAAGCGUGCCGACGCGCCUCAGGAAGCUCUUCAGGUACUUGAUAUCGUUUUGAGGGAGCUUUCCACGAAAAGGUUUUGCCCCAUUGGUCGAUCAUUUUUCUCACCCAAUAUAAGAACACCCCAACCACUAGGUGAUGGCUUGGAAUCAUGGUGCGGUUUUUACCAGAGCAUUAGGCCUACCCAAAUGGGCUUAUCCCUCAAUAUUGAUAUGGCUUCGGCUGCAUUCAUCGAGCCUCUUCCGGUGAUAGAGUUUGUGGCCCAGCUUCUAGGCAAAGAUGUCCUAUCGAGGCAAUUAUCUGAUUCUCAUCGUAUCAAGAUUAAAAAGGCUCUUCGAGGGGUAAAAGUUGAAGUGACACACAGAGGGAGCGUACGAAGAAAGUACCGUGUCUCAGGCUUGACAUCUCAGCCAACGAGAGAGCUAGUAUUUCCUGUUGAUGACAAUUUGAACAUGAAGUCUGUCGUGGAAUACUUUCAAGAGAUGUAUGGCUUUACAAUACUGCAUACACAUCUUCCUUGCCUCCAAGUAGGAAAUCAAAAGAAGGCAAACUAUUUACCCCUGGAGGCAUGCAAAAUUGUUGAAGGGCAACGAUAUACGAAAAGGUUGAACGAGAAGCAAAUUACAACCCUGCUAAAAGUUACAUGCCAAAGACCUAGGGAUCGUGAAAAUGAUAUUCUCCGGACUGUUCAACAAAAUGCCUACGAUCAAGACCCUUAUGCGAAGGAAUUUGGGAUCAAGAUCAGUGAAAAGCUGGCAUCCGUCGAAGCUCGUAUCCUUCCAGCCCCUUGGUUGAAAUAUCAUGAAACUGGAAAAGAGAAGGAUUGUUUGCCUCAAGUUGGUCAAUGGAAUAUGAUGAACAAGAAAAUGAUAAAUGGCAUGACUGUUAAUCGGUGGUCAUGUAUCAACUUCUCUAGGAGUGUGCAGGAAAGUGUUGCGAAGGGGUUCUGCAGUGAACUCGCUCAAAUGUGUCAAGUUUCUGGAAUGGAAUUUAAUACUCAGCCCGUCAUACCCAUCUAUAACGCAAAGCCAGAGCAAGUAGAGAAAGCUUUGAAGCAUGUUUACCAUGCAUGCAUGAAUAAAACCAAAGGAAAAGAACUAGAGCUUUUAUUGGCAAUUUUGCCCGACAAUAAUGGCUCCCUAUAUGGGGACCUCAAAAGAAUAUGCGAGACUGAUCUUGGUAUAAUAUCACAAUGUUGUCUCACAAAGCAUGUUUUCAAGAUUACCAAGCAGUAUUUGGCAAAUGUAUCCCUGAAGAUCAAUGUUAAGAUGGGUGGCAGAAAUACUGUUCUUUUGGAUGCAAUUAGCUGCAGAAUUCCAUUAGUUAGUGACAUACCAACUAUAAUAUUCGGAGCAGAUGUGACCCACCCAGAGAACGGGGAAGACUCUAGCCCCUCAAUAGCUGCUGUAGUAGCAUCUCAGGACUGGCCCGAAGUUACAAAAUAUGCAGGACUGGUUUGUGCUCAAGCUCACAGACAGGAACUUAUCCAAGACUUGUACAAAACAUGGAAUGAUCCAGUUCGUGGAACUGUUAGUGGGGGCAUGAUCAGGGAUCUUUUGGUGUCCUUUAGAAAAGCAACGGGGCAGAAGCCGCUGAGGAUAAUAUUUUACAGAGAUGGUGUGAGUGAAGGGCAGUUCUAUCAAGUUCUCCUGUAUGAAUUGGAUGCAAUCAGAAAGGCUUGUGCAUCAUUAGAACCAAACUAUCAACCGCCUGUAACUUUCAUUGUGGUGCAAAAACGACACCACACGCGCUUGUUUGCUAACAAUCAUAGAGACAGAAGCAGCAUUGAUAAGAGUGGGAAUAUUAUGCCCGGUACCGUGGUUGAUUCGAAGAUCUGCCAUCCCACAGAAUUUGAUUUUUACCUUUGUAGUCAUGCUGGAAUUCAGGGAACAAGUCGCCCAGCUCAUUAUCACGUACUAUGGGAUGAGAAUAAUUUUACAGCCGAUGGAAUCCAGUCAUUGACGAACAAUCUCUGUUACACAUAUGCAAGAUGCACGCGUUCGGUCUCAGUUGUGCCUCCGGCUUAUUACGCCCAUUUGGCUGCUUUUCGAGCCCGAUUCUACAUGGAACCGGAGGCCCAAGAGAACGGAUCGACGGGGAGCGGCGGCGGCGGCGAUCACAAAACCAGAGGCGCGCGCGUAACCGGAGAGACGGGCGUGAGGCCACUGCCGGCAUUGAAGGAGAACGUGAAGAGGGUGAUGUUCUACUGUUAGGACGGGGCCGAGGACAGCGGCAGCCACUAACUUCCGAUCUUCGAGUCUCGGAGUCUUAACUUGGUAGGGAUGUGUACAUGCUGUGUUCAUAAGCUGUAGAUGGUUUGCCCCAGAAAAGAGUAGGGAGAAGUGCAGGAGGGUGUGUUUUAGGCUUUUGAAGUGGAGGAUGAGAGAGUUAAGUUGGCAAAAUAGACCAGAUAGUCACGAUCAGAUAGGGAGAUGAUAGAGGGAGGGGUAGUUUCUCAUCCUUGUAACCAUCAGUUCUAGGAAGAAGAAGGGGGGGGGGGGGGGGAAUUUGGUGAAUCAGACUAGGCUUUGUAAAGAAUGUUUUUUUUUUCUUUAGUGUAGUCAAAUCAAAUCUUAAAGUCAGCACAUCUUGUCUCAUUUUGGCUCUGUGUGCUCAUGUCUUUU